AUGUCGGAUGGUUGGACGGAUGGCAAGAGUAGGGUUAUACUAAACUUUUUAGUAAAUAGCCCUAAAGGUACAUGGUUCUUGAAAUCCAUUGAUGCAUCGGAUACAAUUAAAAAUGGAGAGUUGAUGCUCAAUUACUUGAAUAAUGUUGUGGAGGAGGUAGGGGAGGAGAAUGUUGUCAAAAUAGUUACCGACAAUGCUUCUAAUUAUAAGUGGGCGGGAAAGGAGCUAAUGAAGCAAAGAAGCAAAUUAUGGUGGACUCCUUGUGCGGCUCAUUGCAUUGACUUGAUGUUGGAGGACAUUAGCAAGUUGAAGGUCUUUGAAACUACCAUUCAAAGAGCUAAGCUAAUUGUGAAAUUCAUUUAUGGGCAUACACAAGUUCUUUCUAUCAUGAGGAAAUUUACCGGCAACAAGGAGAUUAUUCGGCCGGCGGUUACAAGGUUUGCCACAUCUUUUCUCACUCUUCAAAGUCUAUAUAAGCAAAAGGCAGCUCUUAUUAGUAUGUUUCAAUCCAAAGAAUGGCAUGAUUGUGGUUGUACAAAACAUAAAGAUGCUUAUGAUGUGAAGAAGUAUAUCCUCCGUGAUGGAAACUUUUGGAACCAUAUUGCCUAUUGCAUCAAGAGUGUUUUGCCUCUUGUUUGUGUCUUAAGAGAGGUUGAUUCGGAAGUGAGACCCGUUAUGGGAUUUAUUUUUGAGUUGAUGGAUGCCGCAAAAGACAAGAUUGCUAGUAAUCUUGGCAAUGUGGAAGCGAAGUAUGCACCUAUUUGGAAGAGAAUAGAUAAUAGGUGGAGUCCACAACUUCAUCAACCAUUGCAUGCGGCGGGUUAUUACUUGAACCCUCAAUUCCGAUAUGAAGAAAAUUUUAAAGAUACCGAGCAUGUGAAGAAGGGUUUGGAAGAUUGCAUGGAUAGGAUGCUUGAUGGUGAUGCUCGUAUCCAAGCGGAAAUACAAUUGGACCUUUAUGAGCGAAAGCUUGGGAAGUUCGGAAGUGCAAUGGCCGAAUCUACUAGAAAAAUUCGAUCACCCGUGUUUUGGUGGGAGAAAUAUGGGACACAAACACCGGAGUUGAUGAAUUUUGCUACUCGGGUCCUUUCCCUUACUUGUAGUGCAUCGGGGUGUGAAAGGAAUUUGAGCACUUUUGAAAUGAUUCACACUAAGAAGAGGAAUAGACUUGAGCAUAAGAGGUUGCAUGCUUUAGUUUAUGUGAAGUAUAACAUUGCUCUAAGAGAUAGGACUUUGAAGAGAAGCGCUACAAUGACCGAUCCUAUUGUUGUGGAAGAGAUUGAAUCGGAUGAUGAAUGGAUAACCGAGAUAGAGGAUCCGGUUCUUCCCACCGAUCCACAUUGGAUUGAGAACAAUGUGGAAGAAUUGACAUUGGAUGAUGGAGCGAUCCGAAAUGUGCCAAGUGGUACAUAUGAAAGUAGCCUAAUUAAUCGUGAUCCUCCUCCCCGUGUGCCUUCUCCUCCUCCCCAUGUGCCUUCUCCUCCUCAUGUGCCUACUCCUUCUCGUGAGCCUAUUCCUUCCCGUGAGCUUACUCCUUCUCUUGAUGAACCUAUCCUUUUAUAUAAAAGGAAAUAUAGUGAAGGACAAAGUUCAAGUAAGAGAAAGGCACCAAGAAAAUCAAUGCUUCUUGAUGACAUUGUAGAUGAUGAUACUAGAAGUACUAUUGAUAGUGGUGAUAGUUUGGAUGGAGAUAUCUUAAUUGAUGAUGAUGAUGAUUUUGAAGCAUGA